GAGGGGGAGGGCGGAGUGGCAGGAGGGAGCUGACGCCGGCCGAGAGCCCCGAGAUGGUCAGAGCAUGGAGGCGGUGGCCGUGAAGCAGGGCUCUCUGUACCUGCAGCAGCAGCAGGCGUUCGCAAAGAAAUGGCGCCGGUUCGGGGCAGUGCUGUACGCGGAGUCGGGCUGCGCCCAGGCCCGCCUGGAGCUCCAGGAGAGCCUGGAGAAGCCGCCGCCGUGGCGGGGAGAGGCUGCCCGGAGAGUGAUCCGCCUGAGCGACUGCCUGCGGGUGGCUGAGGCCGGCGCCGAGGCAAGCAGCCCCAAGGACGCCAGCGCCUUCCUCCUGGAGACCAAGGAGCGUGUAUACCUCCUGGCAGCCCCCACAGGCGAGCGCAGCGCCUGGGUGCAGGCCAUCAGCCUGUUGGCCUUUCCUGAACAGAGGAAGGAGCUGUCAGGGCUGGAGUGGAAGAGUGGCCAGCCCCACAUGGAAGACAAUGAACUGUACAGCCAGGCUGCAGUGGCUCCCUGCAAGGAGUUUGCGGUGACCAUGAGGCCCACGGAAGCCAGCGAGAGAUGCCGGCUCCGGGGCUCCUAUAUCCUCCGAGCGCGGGAGAGCACCCUGGAGCUAUGGAGUGACACCGAGCCAGGCACGCUGCUGUACGACUGGCCCUACAGGUUUCUGCGGCGGUUUGGGAGGGACAAGGUGACCUUUUCCUUUGAGGCAGGCCGGCGCUGUGUCUCUGGGGAGGGCAACUUCGAGUUCGAAACCCGGCAGGGCAAUGAGAUCUUUGCAGUCCUGGAAGAGGCUGUCCACGUGCAGAAGCAGGCCGAGCCCCCGGGCCAGCUGCUCGAAGUCCGGCCCCGCCCCGAGAGCCCCUACUCGCAGCCGCACGACUCUCUGCCGCUGCCGCGCCCCUCCUCCAGCACGCCCGUAGCUGCUGCGCAGCCUCGGGGCACCGAAGGGGAGUACGCCGUGCCCUUCGACGCCAUGCCACGCUCGCUGGGCCACAACCUCCUCCGGGGCGCGCUGGCGGUACCCCCCCAGCUCCUGCUGGACCCUCUGUACGACAGCAUCAUCGAGGAGCAGGUGUCGUCGCCAGCACCGGAACACAUCUACGAUGAGCCCGAGGGUGUGGCCACCUUGUCCCUCCGCGAUCGCCCCGACGAGGCUCCGCGGGGCCCUGAGGCGUGGAAGAGGCGGGCCAAGGGCCAGCGGGACUUGUCUGCCUCUGGCUGGCCCCAGGGAGCCGAGUAUGACAACGUGGUUCUGAAGAAAGGCCCCAAGUGAUCCGAAAGUUUGGGGGGUUAAGCGGUGGCCAGGCCCAGAGCUAGCGGAUGGAGGUGGAGGUGC